AUGUUCUGUUUCUCCAUUCUCAGGGUCAUGUACCAGCUGAUUCUACAGAAACAGAAGGAGGAAGAAGAAAAUAAGUCGAAGAAAUCCCGGAAAACCCGAAUCAGCUCUCGCCUGGUCAUUGACGUGAAGAAAUACGAGCCAGAAGAUUUCCGAAAGAUUGUCCAGUUCAUCCAUUCUGGAGCAGUUGACGUCACUGCCAAAAAUGUCACAGGUCUUCUGUGUGGAGCAAGCCAGUUUAAACUCAUGGACCUUAAAGUGGCAUGCUGGGAUUUCAUCAAGCGGUGUUUCAAGUCUGAAAACGGAUCCAUAGCAGCGAUCCGGAAAGGUGCUCAUCAGUACAGCCAUCAUAAAACAGCUGGCAAGCUCUUAUCUAAGAUUUCCAAACACAUAGAAGAGGCUACCCAGGAAACAACGUCAACGUCAUUAUCGUCCAUAUCGUCUACUCCUGCGGUAUCCUCCUCAGUGUCAUCGCCGUCACCAUCGUCCAUAUCGUCUACUCCUGUGUUAUCCUCCUCAGUGUCAUCGCCGUCACCCUCGCCUUCAAAGUUGACGACUACAGUAUGAGUUGACACAUGACAUUGUACUGAUUUAAAUUUCUAAAAAGUGCUGAUAACUCAAACAACUGUGCAAUCACACCUCAACCUGACUUCCGGUUUGUUGUGGACUGCCACAGUUUACCAGGGUAUGGUCGUGUCUAUAUGAAAUAUAGAAUGUCUCAAACCAUUUGAUACUCAAGAAGAAUGGAAACAAUGCCAUAGUUGCUCAAACGGAUGUCAGUUUUCUGUUACAUGGAGCAAGUUGAUAAUAGAUAUAUGUUUGUGUACCGGAAGUAAAAUGUGUAUAUACGCUUAGUGUGUGUACCGGAAGUGAGAAAAUGCCUAUGUGUGUAUCGGAAGCGAGAAAAUGCCUAUGUGUGUGGUGUUAUGAUGUGUACCGGAUGUGAGAGUAUAUAUGUGUGCUAUAAUAGUUGGUGCUAAAUUUGUGCUUAUAGUCCUCCGUUAAUAUAUUGUAAAGUAUGAAUAAUAAAUUUUAGUAUGUUAAAUUAAAAAUCAGUUUUUGUUGUUGUUUUUAUUAGAAGUAAUUUGCUUGUAGCAACGUGGAACACACGAAAUAGAGUUGAAACAACUCCAAGACUCAUUCGGCACACCUCGGCACAUUAGAUGAAGGGUACCGGAAUCGGCCGAGGUUAGCCGAAUGCUCCACGAAUCCUGAAGUUAGGCCUAAGCCGAAACACACCGACGGAAAUCGGGAAAUCUCAGAUUUACCAGAAACUUAGAACACAGGGAUCCUUUGACGUGAAUAUUUUCCAGUGGGAAACAGUUCUGGUCUUCAUAUCAGACUUUGGAAAUAAUCGGUCACAACUGAUGUCGUGAUGUUUAAUUAACACUUUCCCGAAUGGUUUCCGAUGUUCGUUUCAAUAAAGUAUCCCCAGUCUGGAAUGGUAACCACAGAGAACAUGACAUUGUUUCUACAGAAAUGGACGUUCGGCAAUUUGAGGAAAAAACCGAGUUUAAAAUGUAUGCUGAACUAUACCCAGAGAGAUUAAUAAUAUUCCAGCUUUAUUUGUAAAUAUUUACAUUCUGUAUGCUUAGACCCAUUGACAAAAAUUACAUUCAUAAAUGCA